CCCACUACCACCGCUACCACCGCUACCACCUUGGCUACUUGUUAGAGAUUUCAUCGUUUUCAAACGCUCGAUCUCCCUUUCACACUCUGAAAGAAGCUUUGUUAUCUUUUGUUAUAAACUCUAUCUGACAUUCUCGAACCCACUCGCCUUCACCUACCUCCAUCAAUAUCUACACUUCUGACGGCAAAGCCCACCCUCAUCAGCCUCGCAUUGCACGCCAUGUCUCGAGUACAACAAGAUACUUUCAUCGAUGAUACAGAGGAGUUCUGUCCUCUGUGUGUUGAGGAGUUUGACAUCCAAGAUAGAAAUUUCAGGCCCUGUCCUUGCGGCUAUCAGAUCUGCCAAUUCUGCUAUAACAAUAUAAAGAAUAAUUUGAAUAAUCUGUGUCCCGCUUGCAGGCGUCCGUACGAUGAGAAAACCAUAGAAUGGAAAGGCAUCUCUGCCGAAGAGAUGAGAGCCGACCAAAACAAGAAGAAUCGUCAGCAGAAUGAGAAACGUAAACUCGAAGCUCAGAAACGUGAGAUUGAUGCUCUGAAUCGUAAACACCUUUCUGGUCUUCGCGUUAUUCAAAAAAAUUUGGUCUAUGUGACUGGUCUCAACCCCCGCAUACCUGAGGAGGAUCUGCUUCAAACUCUGAGAGGAAAGAGUUAUUUUGGGCAAUAUGGGAAAAUUAUCAAGAUUGUGAUCCGGCAAUGGGUAUCAAGUCAGAAUGGCGACAGAACCUUAAGAGCUACUUACGGGACAACGAAGUAUUGCUCUGCCUAUCUCCGUAAUGAGGCUUGUCCAAAUAAAAAUUGUAUGUUUCUUCAUGAGCCCGGAGAAGAAGCGGAUUCCUACGAUCGACAACAAAUGUCUACCUUUACUGUCCGCCAGCAAGAGGGGGCUCCAUCUCAGGCGCGCCCGCCUCAGCAUCAGCCUCCUAUCACUACGGCAACCCCCACUCAUCCAGUCCAUCCACCGCCUACCCAGCAGCAGAGUGCGCAGAUGGCCCGGGUUAGUUCACAUCAAGGUGGAUCGUCAAGUAUUGGCGAUAAUGGAGAGUCUUCUGCAUUACCGUCUACAGCAAACUGGGCAAAGAACCCCCCAACGCCCGCCGCCAGAUCUGUGGCUCCCGUAAUACAACCGCAAGGUUCUGCUAUAUUAUCCAAAGGGUCCACGCCAAGCCCACGCAGUGUACCUGCUGCCCCAAUGGUACAGACCCAGAGCCAAGAAAGUGGCAAGAGUGGAUCAAGUCUUGGAAAGGCGCCAGCUUCGACUGGAUCAGGAGGCAAUUCGGGUCCUGGUCCUGUUGGUAAGCCACCUGGCGGACUAGCGACCAAUAAUCAAGUUCCCACUCAAACAUCAGAGGCCUCUUCGUCAUCUGUACAAGAUUCUACGACUAAUGCUCUUCGUUCUCCUACCAAACCGAGCCCACCAGAGCUUCCAAUUCCGGUUCAGGAACAUUUGAAGCGUCUCGAAAACUGCGUACGAGCUGUUUCCAACCCCAAAUUCCGCUUUGUGUUUUCAACCGAGGGUAUGACUGAGGAAGACAUUGCCGAUCUGGAGAAGAUGCCUCCCAUGUUUGACCGUCAUGGAGGAAGGCGUCGGAGGGAGAAUGCUGAGCGACUGAGAGCUCAGCAGCAGCAGCAGCACGAGGAGGCGGAAAGUGACAUACCACAACCACAGCCCCCCGUUGGUACGAUGGCGGCCGCCCCCGGGCUGGUGCCACUAAAUUUGACGGGGAGAGGAAACACCCCUUCCCAGAGAGAUUUGCUUAAGGAAGUUGCGGCGAGUCAUCCUCAACAGCAGCCUCUUGGAGCUUUCCAGCAGCAAGAAAACCUUCAACAUCAACAGGCUAUGAGGGUGCUCACUCCUGGCGGUAUCCUGCAUCCACAGCAGCAGCAGCAGCAACAGCAACAAAUUCAGCAGUCGUUCAGUCCCUUUGGCGCUAUGGGUAAUCCCCAACAGCAACAGCAGCAGACGCAUGGUGGAUCGUUGCAUACCAGACAAACUUCUAGAUACAAUUUUGCCAAUGACAAUCCGGCCGUAGCAUCUACCUCUGUCAAUCCUCGUGGGAACAUUGCUCAUAUGACCGAACAACUCCGUAUGAUGCCGCAACAGGCUCAGCAGCAGCAGCAGCAACAGCUGCACAACCAACAGCAGCUUGCCGCACAGUUCUAUGGGGCUGGUGGCGCGCCAGGUCUUAGUGGCGGUAUGCUUGGAGGUACUGUGCAGCAACCGCCUCCAGGGUUGAAGAGUGCACCAACCCCGCCGGCUCCAGGCAUGAGUGGUAUUCCUAUGGGCGGGCUUCAUGGUCUUGGUAGUCAAUUCUCAGGACUGGGACUUGGCGGUCAUCAUAAUAAAUCCGAGAGCUCAGAUGCCCUUCUUAGAGAAUUGAUGAGAAGCAAUGGAGCUGGUGCAUUGGGGAAUACUGGGCUGGGCGGAAGAGCCGGGGAUGGUAAACGUAUGCAUGUUGAUUCGUAUUGGGGAGGGGGGAGUGCUAAACCAAGUCCAGUGGGAGACUUAGCGGAUCCUAGCAUCUUGCAGCAGCAAAUGCAACAUCACCAAGGUGGAAUUCAGGCUGGCCAGCAAGGUUCUGGAAUAACUCCCCAAGAACGAAAGCUUACUCCUGGGAUGGUGGAUGAAGACGAAUUCCCGGCUCUGGCCCCAUCGACUAAGGAGAACGCAUUAGCAUUGCCACCGAUCGCUAGCACGCUGAAACCAAAGAAGCUACCGCCAGGGCCAAUUGGGAAGAAAAAGGACGAAAGUCUUGAAGCUGCAAAAGAUGAGCAUGCUCGCCCUACACAAGCUAAGGGAAAGCCAGUCUUGCCUUCAGUUAAUACUACUGCCGCUGCUGCAAGUUCCUCUGGACAUCGUGCUAUUUCUCCUGCCAUUGUGACGCCCAGUACCGUCUCCUGUGAGGGGACGACCCCAACAUCUCCUGCGCCUCCGACCGCUGCAAGCGCCGUCAAGCAGGGUCCAAGGAUGAUCAGAAUCUUGUCUUCUAGCUCUAGUAUCCAUUCUCCAGCCAUCAGGACGCCUAUUGGAGGUGGGGUUGGGAUUGGCGAGAGCGAUACCGGUUCCAAUGGUGGAAGCAGCAGGCCUGUCAGUCCCCCGCCUAAUUCUCAGCACUCUUCUAAAAAAGGCAAGACAAAGAGUGCGCUGAAGAAAGAGAGGAUUGCAGCGGCGAGGAAGGAAGCUGAGGAGAGAGAGAGGGAACGCGAGAGGCUUGAGCGAGGAUCUGUGACACAAGCUCCCGUAGUGGGCAGGAUGAAGAAGAAGGGACGCAAGAAGGAUACCACGAUUGGUGGAGGAGAUCCCGUCGCAGGCGGAGGCUACGCUGAUGAAGAGAAGGAGGAGAAGGAGAUGGAGGCUUCCAACUCUGCUACCCCCCAGACAGUUGUUGCUCCUACUACUGUAUCUCUUCCUUCCCCUGGGAAAGAGCCUAUCACUACCACUAGCAUUCCAGCUCCUACUAAAGCCCAUACACCGGCCCCUGUGCCUACUCCGGCCCCUACUCCCGCAGCAAUCCCAGCUCCUGUUGCUCCCGCUCCUAGCACGCCUACUACCCCAGCAGUCGAGCAAGAUGGAAAGCAGCAAUCCGCAAAGACUACAGCUCAGCUCCUCGCCGAGUUCCAAGAAGCGGCAAAAAUGAAAUUCUCCAAACUCGACAUGUUUAAACCCCUCACAACCCUGAAAUGGGAGCACUAUAUAACGUCCGAAGAAAUCCAACUAAUCAAAACCGCCGUAAUAGAGAACAACAACAGCCAGCCAAUCCUAACGGUCGAGCCCGACUGCCACCCGUACCAGUACCCAAUUCGCGGCGGGGGCGUCGUGAAUAUCAGUCUCGUCGUCACCCCCACGGGCCUCCAAAUGACGGGCCUCAGCGCCGAGCAGCAGGAGCGCUAUCUCCGUCUAGAGGAGCGCCACGGGCGGGGAAAGGCAUGGCAAAAGUGGACCGUUGAGGCACUGGAUUUUGACGAGUGCGAUAAGGAGGUUGGUGACGCUUCUGUCGAGGAGCUGGAGAAGAUUGUAUAUGCCUCAAGGAAGGAGGUGGAGGGGAUCGAGAAGAAGUUGGAGAAGUUGCUCAAGAGGAAUAAGAAGCUUGUCGGGCUUUUGUGAUUUCAUUAGUUGAGUGGGUAGAUGGGUGGUUUGAUAAUACGCUAGGCAGAAGGGCCUGAUAGAGGUGGGAGUUUAUGCGAGUACCGGCAGUCCUUUGUGACUGUAAAAGUUUUUUCUUCUACUUUUCUCUUCCUCUUUUCAUUAUUAUUUGUAUAUCCUCUCGCUCACGGUGUUUGUAGCUACUUGCUUUGGCACAAGCUGGGUUGUGGAGGGGGGGGGGGUUGAUAUUUCUUGUUUAUGCUU